UUGACGUGAAGAAUGUGUUCACCAUAAUAAAUGCUGUGCUAAAAACAAGUGACAACAAGGUGGCUGUGUGAAACUGGCGUUUGUAUUAUUUUCAAGAAAUAUUGGUGUAGUCAGCAAGUGUCUGUCGGCAUUGUAAAAAAUAAUAAUUGUGGAAGGAAUAAGGAAAGAGCGAGGGAAAAUUUAGCAGAAUAAGGCCAGACCAUGGCGUCGGCAUCUGCCAGUGUGGAUUCCAAGGCAGAGCUGACCGCACUGCUGGAGCAGUGGGAGAGGGAGCAGCAGGCCAGCACACCAGACCUGGUCAACAUCCUGACCAAGGUUUCAGAGCUGGUGGAGAGGGAGACUGAGGAAUAUCACAAAGCUGAUCCGGAUCCUUUUGAUGACAGGCACCCUGGGAGAGCGGAUCCAGAAUGCAUCUUGGGUCAGCUGCUAAAGAUCAUGUUCAAAAAUGAUGACUUUGUGAACGCUCUCGUUAAUAGUUAUGUGAUGACCAGCAGAGAACUCGCACUCAACACUGCAGCCUGUCGCCUGCUGCAGAACAUCAUGCCUGGGUUGGAGACCGCUGUGGUCUUUCAGGAGAAGGAUGGCAUAGUGGAGAGGCUGUUUAAAUGGGUCCAGGAGGCUGAGCAGCCCCUGAUGAUCUAUGCUACGGGCCUGCUGGCUGGAGCAAUGGAGAACCAGGACAUCGCUGCCAACUACAGGGAGGAGAACUCUGUUGUGGUGCCUCUGAUGCUGCAGCGGCUACGCGAGCUGCAGGCCAAGGACACUGAGAACCGGAAGGAGUUUAAACGGCCCAGUCCCAGGAAGACCCUGGGGGAACCUCUCCUUCCUUUGGAUGAGGAGACGGUUGACGGGGGCAUCGAGGACACCCCCUUCCCCCCGGGGAAUAACGGCAUGGAGAGGGAUGAGAAGGGACCAGAUGAGGACCGAGUGGAGAUCCCCAGCCACAAGUCUGACAACGAGAUCUCCUUCCACCUCAACUACCUUAACCACACCCACAAGACCAGCAGCUGCGCCAACUUGGCUGUCAAAGGCCUGAUGAAGCCUGUGUCUGCCGCACCGUCUCUGUCCCACCGGGACUUCCCCGACGGCAGGGCGGAGGGCAGCAGUCACCACAAGAGGAGAGCGGAGAGGGAGAACGGACGGAAGGUGAAACAGAAACUGAACUUCUCCCUGCCGGACCCGGAGAGGAACUUCAGCGAGCUGUCCAACAGCAGCUGGUCUGAGAUGAGCCCCUGGGUGAUUGGGAACAACUAUCACCUUUACCCUUUGACCCCAGAGAUGGAGCAGAGGCUCAUCCUGCAGUACCUCACCCCUCUGGGAGAGUACCAGGAGCUUCUGGCUGUCUUCAUGCAGAUGGGAGCCUGUGAGCUGCUCAUCCAUUACAUGGACCUGAAGCAGACCAACGAUGUACAGCUCACCUUUGAGGCUCUCAAGUACCUGGCCUCCCUGCUCCUGCAUAAGAAGUUUGCCGCUCAGUUUGUGGCCCAUGGAGGGGUUCAGAAGCUGCUGGAGAUCCCCAAGCCUUCCAUGGCCGCCACAGGGGUGUCUCUGUGCCUCUACUACCUGGCCUACAACCAGGACGCCAUGGAGAGGGUGUGUAUGCUGCCCCACUCCAUUCUGUCUGACGUGGUGAGCUACACUCUGUGGCUGUUGGAGUGUUCCCACGCCUCGGGCUGCUGCCACGCCACCAUGUUCUUCUCCAUCUCCUUCUCCUUCCGUGCGGUGCUGGAGCUCUUCGACAGGCAGGACGGCCUCCGACGCAUGGUCAACCUGAUCAGCACGUUGGAGAUCCUGAACCCUGAGGACCAGGGGGCCCUGCUGAGUGAUGACCAAAUCUUCUCCAGCAGGCAGACUGCCAAGCACACCUGCAUGGCCCUGCGCAGGUAUUUCGAGGCCCAGUUGGCAAUCAAGAUGGAGCAGGUCAAGCAGUCCCUGCAGCGGACUGAAGGGGGUGCUCCCAUUCACCCACAGCCUUACUACAAGGCGUGUAGUUACACCCACGAGCAGGUGGUGGAGAUGAUGGAGUUCCUGAUCGAGUACGGCCCAGUCAGGCUGUACUGGGAGCCUGCAGAGGUUUUCCAUAAGCUCUCCUGUGUGCAGCUCCUCCUGCAGCUCAUCUCCAUCGCCUGUGACUGGAGGACCUACUACGGCAGGAGUGACACAGUGCGUUAUGCCCUGGACAUACUGAGCAUCCUGACAGUGGUCCCUAAGACCCAGCUGCUGAUGGCGGAGCCUGUGGCCGUGCUGGAUGGGGAGGGGGGCAACGCCAUCUCCACCGUGGGUAUGAGUGUAGUCCUGGUGGUGGCAGAGGGAGAGGUGUUUGUGAACGACGCCGAGAUCCAGAAGUCGGCUCUGCAGGUGGUCAUCAACUGUGUGUGCGCUCCGGACAAACGCAUGUCCAGCAUCGGCAAGUUCAUCUCCGGCACGCCCCAUAGAUGUCUACCCCAGACCACCAAGAGCAGCGAGAGCGUGCUCACCAAGAUGUGGAACGUGGUGCAGUCCAACAACGGCAUCAAGGUACUGUUGUCCCUGCUGACGGUGAAGAUGCCCAUCACAGAUGCGGAUCAGAUUCGGACCCUGGCCUGUAAGGCCCUGGUGGGUCUGUCCCGCUCCAGCUCAGUCAGACAGAUUAUCAGCAAGCUGCCUCUCUUCAGCAGCGGACACAUCCAGCAGCUUAUGAAGGAGCCUGUGCUCCAGGACAAACGCAGCGAACACGUCAAGUUCUGCAAGUUUGCGGCGGAGCUAAUCAAGCGGGUGUCUGGUAAACCCCUCAUGAUCGGGACGGAUGUCUCCCUGGCCUGGCUGCAGAGGGCCAACGUGGUGGCCCAGUCCAGGAUCUCCUUCCCUGAAAAGGAGCUACUGCUGUUGAUCCGGAACCACCUGGUGGUCAAGGGUCUGCAUGACACUGCCACCACGCUCACCAAGGAGGCUGACCUCCCCAUGGCCAUCCUCCCCCACCCAUCUUCCUCAGCUUUGCUUCCUGUCGUUGUUCCCCCUCCCCCUGCCUCUCCCGCCCCUGCCCUCCCCCGGACCCCUCGGCUGGCCAAUGGGGUCGCAGCACGGUUGGCGAGCCACGGCUCUCAUCCGUCCGUGCCGUUGUCAGUUCACCCCCAGCCUCGUCCCUCGACGUCGCAACUCCUCACGGUCCCUCCGGCCGCCCCUCCCCUGUUGACCCCUCACCAAAGCAACGGCUCUCCCCUGAUCGGACGGAUCGUGUUCACGCGAGAGCGCCCGUCGCCGUGCCCCGUGCCUGCCAUCUGUAAGAAGCCGCGGGUGCUGAGGCAGAAGUCAGACUACGGUGCCUUCAGCCAGAGUCCAGCCAUGAAGAAACAGCUGGACAGACACCUGCCCUCUCCCCCCGCCCUGGACAGCAUCAUCACAGAGUACCUGAGGGAGCAGCACGCCCGCUGCAAGAACCCUGUCACCACCUGCCCCCCCUUCUCCCUCUUCACCCCCCACCAGUGCCCCGAGCCCAAGCAGAGGCGCCAGGCCCCAACCAACUUCACCUCCCGACACACACGCAGGGUCGUCUACCCAAAAUACGGAGGGGUAGACGGGGGCUGCUUCGACAGACACCUCAUCUUUAGCAGGUUCCGGCCCAUCUCUGUGUUCAGGGAGGCAGACGAGGAUGAGAGUGGGUUCAUGUGUUGUGCCUUCUCUGCCCGUGAGCGAUUCCUGAUGCUGGGGACGUGUACGGGCCAGCUCAAACUCUACAACGUGUUCACAGGCCAGGAGGAGGCUAGUUACAGCUGUCACAGCUCUGCCAUCACACACCUAGAGCCAUCACGGGAUGGCUCUCUGUUGUUGACGUCAGCAUCAUGGAGUUAUCCUCUGUCUGCACUGUGGGGCAUGAAGUCAGUGUUCAUCAUGAAGCAUUCCUUCUUAGAUGAUCAUAAUGUGGAGUUCAGUAAACUUUCACAAGACCGAGUCAUUGGCACAAAGGAACACAUAGCUCAUAUCUACGACAUCCAGACAGGGCAGAAGACCCUUACCCUCCACUACCCGGACCUGGCCAACAACUACAAGAGGAACUGUGCGACCUUUAACCCCACCGACGACCUGGUACUGAACGACGGUGUGCUGUGGGACGUGCGCUCAGCUCAGGCCAUCCACAAGUUUGACAAGUUCAACAUGAACAUCAGCGGAGUGUUCCACCCCAACGGCCUGGAGGUCAUUGUCAACACUGAGAUUUGGGACCUGCGGACCUUCCACCUGCUCCACACAGUGCCAGCUCUGGACCAGUGCAGGAUCGUCUUCAACAACAACGGCACGGUCAUCUACGGAGCGAUGCUACAGGCUGAUAAUGAGGAUGACAUGAUAGAAAUGCAGAUGAAGACUCCCUUUGGCUCCUCCUUCAGGACGUUCAACGCCACCGACUACAAACCCAUUGCCACCAUCGACGUGAAGAGGAAUAUCUUUGACCUCUGCACGGAUACUAAGGACUGCUACCUGGCUGUGAUUGAGAACCAGGACUCGGUCAACACUGACACGGUGUGCAGAUUGUACGAGGUGGGACGCCAGAGACUGGCUGAGGAGGAGGAGGAGGAUGAGGAAGAUCAGGAGGAUGAAGAGGAGGAGGAGGAUGAUGAUGAUGAUGAUGAUGACGAGGAUGACUCUGAUGACGACCACGACACGGACCCGCUGAUCGCCGAGCUGGAAAACGAUAACGGAGACGAGGACGAGGAAGACGGGAACAAUGACGAUGAAGAGGUAGCUCGUCUGCUUGAGCGGGACGGUGAGGAUGAUGAUGAUGAUGACUCGGAUGACGAUGAGGAAGAUGGGGACCUUGCCCUGGAUAACACAGACAGCUCAGACCUUGAGGAUGACAUCAUCCUGUCCCUGAAUGAGUGAGGAGCUGUCAGUGUCUGGGACAGAGAAACUAGGACAACAUGUCUGGACUUCUGGAGAGAGCACUCCCGUGGGUGUACACUCAUAAACAACUGAGACAAGAUGGUAAGGUACAGUUAGAGUUGGUGAGAAAGACGGAUGGGAUUUGGAUUUUGGAAAUGAACUGCGAGAGCCGACAGAACACUGCCAGUUUGGAAUUCUGUCCAAGGGCUUCCUACCGCCCAGGAGCAAUACUGGGAGAAGCUGAUUGGAGAGUCAGAAGUGGAGGGCCAGAAGAAAGCUCCACCUUUCAAAAAAGUUUCCACAGAAAUUGAAUUCCUGAAAAAACUGAAGAUUUGUAUAUGAUAUAGUUUUAUAUUACACGGUGGGCUUGAUGAGUGGAAAAUAAUGUUUGUACAGACACAACAAAGACUGAUUAUUUUAAAAUGUUGAUUUCAUUAAAGCUCUUUCAAAAGUU